UGACCGCCAUUUUUAUUAUUUUGUAAACAGAAUUUCACUAAGAUCUAUUAUUUGAAUUAUUUCGUUUUUGGCGGUUGAAAGUCCUAAUUAAAAGAUCAGUAUUUUACACCUGAAAAAAUCCAACAUGAGUACGAGUCAUGAUGAGAAUGAAAUGGAUAGAGUUCCUACUUUUAUUCCAUUGGAUGCAGAAGAAACUGUGCGUAGACAUUCCAGGCCAAAUUCAGCCAGACUCUCAAUCAGAGGCGAUAAUCUAACAGCGCAGUCAGUAUCCAGUGACUCAUUGAAUGACGAUGUUACAGAAUAUAUCAGAACGUUGAUCAAUACAGUUCUUCUCCAGCUGUCGGGGCAUGUGUCACCUAGGCAGUUGUCAUCUAGAAGACAAGAAAGGGAAGAAGAGCUGCAAUUUAAAUGUUCUUCCCCCUUGACCAUUGUUACAAAAGAACUUAGCCAGAUGUCACCUAGAAGACCAGAAAGGGAAGAAGAACAGCCGUUCGAAGCACCUAUUGUUACAAACGAACCUAGCCAGGUGUCCACUAGAAGAGAAGAAAUGGAAGAGGAACAGCCGUUCGAAUCACCUACUGUUACAAAAGAACCUAGCCAGGUGUCCCAUAGAAGAGAAGAAAUGGAAGAGGAACAGCCGUUCGAAUCACAUACUGUUAGACACGAACCUAGCCAGGUGUCACCUAGAGGACCGGAAAUGGAAGAGGAACAGCCGUUCGAAUCACAUACUGUUAGACACGAACCUAGCCAGGUGUCACCUAGAAGACCGGAAAGGGAAGAAGAACAGCCGUUCGAAUCACCUAUUGUUACAAACGAACCUAGCCAGGACGUGUCCCCUAGAAGACAAGAAAGGGAAGAGGAACAGCCGUUUGGAUCACCUGUGAAUAACGAAACAGAAUCCGAAGAACAGCCCUUUCAAUCACCUGUAGGUGGCGAGGAAAAGGGUGAAGAAUAUUAUACACCGAGGUCAGAUGAUGAUGACAAAUCUCCUCAAAUUGCUCAAGAUGAUUUUGAAAUUGCUGAAGAUACUGGAUCUCUUGAGUUCGCUCUGAAAGAUAUACCCCUUCAAGAGGACCCAGAAUCUCCUGUCAAAUACUCCUUGUCGGCGCAACUACUGGCAGAAAUUGACGACACCCUGAACUCCAUUUUUAAUCUAGAUGAAAGCACGGAUUAUGAAGUUAGAAUUGAAGAUGAAGGGCAUUCCGUAGGUGAAACUGACAGUUCUAUUUUAAUAGAUUACCAUGAUGAGAACCCUAUAGAACGGGCGAUUACUGACUAUUGGUAUUAUAGCACCCCUGGGCUGGACGAAUACAACACAACUCAAGGAGAUCCUGUAGAAAUGAACAGCGAAUAUCCAAUGACUGCUGAUAUAGAAGAAACAUUUAACAUCUUAUUGCAAAUGACACACAGAUCAGGAAACGAUGAAUUUCAAGGAGAGCUGUAUACCUCCAACCACUCUGCUGGUGUAUCUGAGAGUGUUUUUCUUCGCCCUGGGCUCUCUGAUCUGGAGGACAGUUCCGGUACCAGUCUCCACAAAUCGAUCAAGACUCCCGACGUCACCCAAAUUGAAGACCCGCCAAUGGAUACUAAUCCUAUGGCUUCAAGUGAGUCGACAGACGAUGAGGACGAGAAAAGAGGAUUUGUUAUCAUGAAUGACUCUGAAAUUAAGGAGUCCUUGCUUCAUUAUGAGAAAUUUAAAGAGAGGCUACUGAAUGAAAAGAAAUCAGCCAAAUUAGAGGAUGUGCAGCCUGUUAUUGUGGAAAUGGACAACAAAGAACCAGAAGGAGCCCGAUCCUAUGAAAAAAUGCCACUUAGAAGUCGAAGUCCGGUUCGUCCAGUUCGAAGACGAAGUCGAGCAAGAUUAUUCUUUAGAAGAGCAGCCUCGGCAUUAGGAUUAAUCAAAACGAAGAGAUGGAGUCCGGCCAAAGAAGAUGAAAGUUAUAAAGUUAAAACGAAUAAUGAGAACGGAAUCGAAGUUAUGACUACAUCAUUCGGUGGAGCGCCGGGUGACUAUAGUUCUAGUGAAACUUUACCUGGACCUACGGCACAUAAACAUGAGAAAUUGGCACCAGCUUCAGAGAUAGGUGAAUUUGUAGAUCAAGAUACGACAAAAUCCACUUCCAAAGCACCCAAUAAACGAUGCUGCAAACAAUUAACUGGUACACAAUCUUUACCAAGGAGUACUGGACGCAGUCGGUCAUUCUUUUAGACUCAUAGUUAAAUUCGUAGUCUGGAUCGAAUUAACUAAUGAACUCUCGACUGCACAGGAGCCCUACAUUGAUUCAUAAUGAAAUGGAUAUUGCAUGAAUUAUUUUAUAAAUAUGUUUUUAUUUGUUGUUUUGUUAUGAAAUAUAUUUGUUGUAAAUCAAUCUUGUUACUGGAAUUAAAUAAAAACUGGUAUAAUAUA